GUGCGCAAGCUGAAUAUCAGCUCAGUGCGUGACUGUCUGUCAGCUGAGAGAGAUGGGAGACCUCCAGUCUCUGAGAGACUUCAUCAAAUGUCUGGAUCAACAGUCUCUACCCCGCAUCCUGCAGAUCUGCUCUGGGGUUUAUUUCCAGGGUUCCAUUUAUGAGCUUUCAGGGAGUGAAGUGUGUUUAUCUACUGGAGAUUUGGUAAAGAUCAUUGGUUUAGAGCUCCUGUCUGUGUCUUGUGAAGAGAUUGACACCGGAACGUCAUUUGAAUUGCCUACUGAAUAUUCAGGUCAUUUCAGACUCGUCGCUGAGGACCUACCAUACAAUACAAUAGAGGAGAUUGUGGGUUUGUGUCCUGUUGGAGUGGACGCCUGCGGCUCCUUCACCUUCAUGUGCAAAAAUGAGUUGACUGUAGACAACUUCACACUACCUGCAGGAAAACAGUUAACCCUGCUGUCAGUGGAGGUCACCAAAAAUGGAAAAAGACUGGCACGGUGUCAGCUGGUGGGGCAGAACAUGGCCUCUGCAGAGAUUCUCCUUCCUCUAUCCCUCAGAGGAGAGUUUUAUGAGUGUCAAGGUGACCGCGGUUACUCUCUACAGGAAAUCAUGUCAUCAUUCAGACUGAGCUGCCGGCGCUUUUGCAGUAUAAAUGAGAAGAGCGGUGGAAGCUUGUUGGUUUUCAGCCCAGUGUAUGAAAUUAGUGCCAUUAUGCACAUGAGGAAGAACGUUGUCAAGUUCCCAUCCAGCCUGGAAGUGGACGUCCAAGAUGUGACAGAACAGAGCCAGGAUUUAGUUUUCAUAACUCCACUAUCAAUGACUGAAGUUGCGAGUCAGCCAAAAGCAUCCUUCCCGACUAUGGCGGAGAUCCUCGAUGGCCCAGAAGGCAAUCAGUUUUUUAACUGCAGCUGGUUCCAAGAACUGCAGAGAGGCAGGCGCCUCGUGUUACAUGGGUGUGGCACAACAACACUGAUAUUAGCCUCAACUCCACAAGGGAGGAAGGGAAAACAGUACUUCAUCAUCUCGAAGGGGUAUGGUGGACGAAUAAGAAGGAGGGCCCGGGAAUUCGGAUCAGUCUAUGAGCUAUACUUGGCGUCUUCUCAGUCUCCAGGUUUAAAAGUAAGUGUGACUCGGCACUGUGAGGAGGUAGAGGAAGAGGGAAUGCCUGCACUCAGUGUCGGUGAGCAGCUGGAGGUUUUGGGAAUGUCGCUGAUGGAUGGACUCAAGGAUAAAUCUGGAGCUGCUCAGAAAGUCGAAAAUCUAAUUUGCAAACGGACUAUGGAGGUGGACGACGAUGAAGAGGAAGAUGAGGAAGAUGAUAGUGAGGAAAUAUCUCUGCCGCUCUUUAUGCCAGGUCACUUUGUAGAAAAGCUUUCAGACAACAAGAAGUAUAAAUUAACAGAAUUAUUGAGCAGCUCUUUGCCUCUGGAUAUUAAAGUCGUAACCCGAGAUAAAGAGCUAGAAAAAGAUCCCCUAAUGGGGUUACCAGCACUUAAGCUUGAGGAAACUUUCACAGAGACCACGGUGUUAACGAGCCUACCACAUAAACCAGACUGGUGCUUCGAGUUGCCAGUAAGCUGGUUACAAAUGUCUCUCUGUUUCACGUCCGAUCGUCUGCCGUGGUCCAGUGAUGAGUCCCCAGAGCUUCAUGUAGAGACAGUCACUGAAGUGACAGAGAAAUUCUACUAUGAAUAUCAUAAACUUAUAAGUAAAAUUGAGGAACCACCUCCUCGUCCACCAAAGAGGAAGCCAUCCAGUUCAGAGUUGCCUAAAAGGUCCCCCAAGCCUGGAUCUAAAUCACAAAACUUAAAAAGCACUGUGACCAAACAGCUCGACGACCUUUCGCUGGGUCUGACAAAGGGAAAACGGGCUCCUGCUCCACCUCCGCCAGAGGAUACCCCAGAUCAGCCGCCUCCUGUGUUGCCUAGGAAAAGCAUGUCAAUAACAGACAGCGUCAGCCCGCAAAAUACGUAUGUGAAAAGCCCCAUGGCAGUACACAAAUCAGCAACUACAGACUCUGACUCUGAACAUGAUUACGAGUCUAUCGAAGAAACAAUUAAAAACCCCCAUGAAAGCUUGUUUUAUUAGUUCAAGCACACUUUGUAUUCUGCUGUCUUCAUUGGAAGACGUGCCAAAGAAAGUACCAGC